AUGGCGGUACUUCAGUUGGGAUUCCUUUCCUCGUAUCUCCUUACAAACUCUUCUCCCGCAAACCUUUCGACCCAGAAGCUUAACCAUUUCCCGCCAGAAUCCAAGUCUCGGGAUAUAACGGUUGGAAAUGCUGGCCACAAAGACAUAACAGAACGAUAUUUGCCGAACCAUCAAGCCCAUAUUACUGGUUUUCAUGCAAAUUCCAAAAAUUCUAAUGGAAGCAACGAAAGCAAGGAUGAGAUCAACCAGUGUCUCAACCUCUUGAACCGCUGCAGUUUAGAUAGAACUGGUAUCUAUGAUUCUAGGCAAAUCCAUGCCAGGGUUGUGAAAUUGGAUCUUUUUGGUGCGAACAGAUUAAUUGUAAACAAGCUGGCAAUCAGUUAUGCUAAGAAUUCGAGCUUAUUAAGGGAAGCACGACUCUUGUUCGAUGAAACUCCCGAAAGAACAGCUCCUGCUUAUGCUGCUUUGAUAGGUUCAUAUUGCCGAUCACAGCAAUGGGAGGAUGUUGUUUUAGUAUUUGGAUUGAUGGUUCAAGAGGGUCUACGACUUGAUAAAUAUCUUGUACCCACAAUUCUAAAAGUUUUUUCUGCGCUUCAAAGUUUGGAGAUGGGCAGAAUGAUUCAUGGGUAUAUAAUAAGGAAGAAGUUGGAGUUGGAUGUUUUUGUUGGUAAUGCACUUAUUGAUAUGUAUGCCAAAUGCAGGGACUUGAGAUCAGCGAAGGAUACUUUUGAUUCCAUGCAAUUGAAUGGAGUAAAACCCGAUUUGAUCUCCUGGAACUCAUUGGUUUCAGGCUUUGCACGGAACAGGGAGAUAGAUGUGGCCCUCCAAUUAUUAGAAGAGAUGAAAGAGAAAGGUUUGAAGCCUGGAGUCGGUUCUUGGAAUGGAGUUAUCUCAGGUUGCAUAGAAAAUGGGUACCAUGAAGAUGCUUUGAAUGUAUUUUAUGAGAUGUUGUGGUCAUUCGAGGAGCCAAAUGCUAUGACAAUUGCAAGUGUACUCCCUGCUUGUGCAGGCUUGAAAGAUUUGGAUUUGGGCAAGGGUAUGCAUGCCUAUGCUCUUAAAUGUGGGGAAUCUGGGAACAUAUUUGUGGGGGGAUCACUGAUUGAUAUGUAUUCAAAAUGUGGCCAAACUGAUUAUGCAGAGAGAGUGUUUAUGGGGAUAAAGAGCAAGAACACUGCUGUAUGGAAUGAGAUCAUUGCAGCUCAUGUGAAUGAGGGGAAAAUGCAGUCUGCAUUAGAACUUCUACACCUUAUGCAAAUUGAAGGUUUAAAGCCUGAUAUGAUCACUUAUAACACAAUACUAGCUGGCUAUGCAAGAAAGGGGCAAAAGUAUGAGGCCUUUAAGUUUCUCUUAGAGAUGGGUCAGAAGGGUUUGAAGCCUAACAUUGUCUCAUUUAAUGUACUAGUCUCUGGUUUUCAGCACUGUGGGCUUAGUGGUGAAGCUUUGAAAAUUUUCCGCAUCAUGCGACCCGAUUCAAAAAUUAUCAAGACUGUCAUGGAUGGUUCCUGUGGCCAUUUUCCUACUGAAUUGCUAAGUGUCUCAACCAAACCAAACCCUGUGACUAUUACUAGUGCUAUUGCAGCUUGUGCUCAUAUGAAUUCUUGGUUCCAUGGGAAGGAAAUCCAUGGAUACAUUUUGAGGAAUGAGUUUGACUCUAACAUCUUUGUCUCAAGUGCCCUGGUUGACAUGUAUGCAAAAUGCCAUGAUAUGGGUUCAACAAGGAAGAUUUUUCAGCAGAUUGAGGAUAGAAAUAUAGUUUCCUGGAAUGCUUUGUUGUCUGGUCACAAUAACAAUGGGGAGCCAAGGGAGUCUAUAAAACUAUUCCUGAAAAUUCUGGAAGAUGGCCUCGUUCCAAGCAUGAUUACCCUUGUUAUUCUCCUUUCAGCUUGCAGUGAUGUAGCAGCUCUGAGGUUGGGAAGAGAAUUACAUGGUUACAUUUUAAAGUGCAAAUUUGAGGAAUCUACCAUUACACUUGCUAGUGCUUUGAUAAACAUGUAUGCAAAAUGUGGAAGCAUUAUAGAGGCCAGGUUAGUGUUCGACUCUGAAGUUGAGAAAGAUGUAGCUCUGUGGAAUGCUAUGAUAUCUGGUUAUUCAGUUCAUGGAAUGGCAAAGGAUGCAAUUGCAUUAUUUGAACAAUUGGUACAGUCUGCUAUUCAGCUAGACCACAUUACGUUCACAGCAGUUCUUUCAUCUUGUACUUGUCAGGGACUGGUGGAAGAAGGAUGGAAAUAUUUCAAUUCCAUGGAAGGUGGCUAUGGAAUUAAACCCAGUUUGGAGCAUCAUACAUGUAUGGUUGGUAUCAUGGGCAGUGCAGGUUGGCUAGAAGAGGCUUUGGACUUUAUUGGAAGAAUGCCAUACAGACCUGAUGCUUCUGUGUGGGGAAGUCUUCUACGAGCAUGCAGGGUCCAUUUAAAUACAGAAAUAGGAGAAAGAGUAGCAAAGGCCCUUUUUGAGCUUGAACCAGGUAAUGCUUCAAACCAUAUUCUCAUUUCUAAUAUCUUUGCCAUGGCUGGAAUGUGGGAUUCUGCUAGAGAAGUAAGAAAUGCAAUGAGUGCCCGUGGGUUGAUGUCUAUUAAAGAAUGUAGCUCCAUAGAUGUCGGUAACACAAUAGUUGCAUUUAAAGCAGGAGAGAGUUCACAUCCCAAGUUGGGGGAGAUUUUGGAGAUGUGGGAUAAGUUGGCCAGUGAAAUGGAACAUGCAUGA